UCGCAAUUCUGAUUUAAAAUAACAAAAUCAAUCAAAAAGCAUCAAAUUUACAACAAGUCCACAGUCAGGUCAGAAAAUUGAGGAAAUUGGUUUAGUUUCCUGAAAGAAAGAAAAUAUAACUUACGCUCUUGGUCCUUCAUGUUUAAAUAUCUGAACAGCACAAUCUAAUGUUGUUGUUUGAUAAAGCAGUACCUAUAUAAUUAUCAUAUUUGCACUUGCUGACAGUUUGGCUCUUGUUAAAAUGAAUAGCAUCACUGUACAAAAUGAAUCACCACUUAUUGCACUUGCACUUAUUGUGAGACUUUGCAAGGAUAUUAUAUCAAUGGACCAACCUAAAUUUUCACAUUAAUCUUGUCAAGACAUACAUGAUAAGUGUGAUCUAAUAAGCAUCUUGAAAAUUUGUGGUGCAUUAUCAAUGUUGAGCAUCAGAUUAAUUUUCAAUAUAUUGACAAAUCGUUUCUGCUUCCUAAUACCUUACUCACCUAACCCACAUAAUAGUCUUCGUUGUAAAGAUAAUACUCCUCUAUCAUCAACAUUUCUUCUUUUAAAUUCUUCAAAUGAUCCAAAUCUUCAAAUAAUAUUACAAAAAGAUAUUCAUCACCUUAGACAGGUUCGCCAUCUGUUUGAGCAAUGGUACCAUAGUCUCAGAAACGAGAACUCGCAGUUGCAAUUUGAGAAUUGAAUUACACCUAAAAUUGUCAGAAAAAUGUUUGAUUGUUGUAAUUGUCUGAUUUUCAAUACGGUUAUCAUUGAGUGAUUACAUACACUCAUACCAAGUUUAUUCAAAAUCUCAACAUUCUCUAUUGUGUCCAAAACAAUUGUGUACAGACAUGCAGACGGACAGGCAGGAGAGGUUGAGAACAAUAUACGCCCGUAUUUAUGUGUAAUAAAUAAUAAAUGGAUGUUCACUUCCGGUGGUCUCUAGCUAAAACAGCCAAUAAAAAUUGCUUAAAUUGUUGUAGCAACAAAGGUUGCUAAGGAAUCUUCCAUUAUUUAUGAAAGAAACAACAACAGGUUAAGUGAUCAGUGUGUGCAUUUUCUUUCAAUUUUAGCUAUCAAAAACAUAUCAUCUUUAAUUUGACAUCAUGGCACAGUUAAUUCAAACACCUCAAAGAUUUACACAUGAAGACUGGACCAGAUCCAAUUUAACAAAAUAUGCUAAUGCUGAAGUUGAACGCCAAGCUGCUGAGAGGUUGAUAGAUGAAUCUAAAAGGUAUGCUGAUGAAACUGAAAAAAGGACAGAUAAAUCACAAAGAGAUGUUAAUAAGAAAUUUCAACAAAGAUUAGAUGAUAUCAGAUAUUGGAAGAAAGAAUUAGAUGAUAAAUUAGAAGGAAUAACAACAGAAGUUGAUAAUUUGUUAGCCUUUAAAAAUCGUGUAGAAAAAGCUUUAGAAGCUACUGAUGAGCCUUUACAUAUAGCUCAAAGAUGUUUAGCAAAUAGAGAACAAAGGUUUGGUAUUGAUUUAGUUCAUGAUGAUGCCCAGAAAGAAUUAAUUAAGGAAGUAGAAACAAUACAAGGUGUGAGAGCCUUACUACAGAGAACCCUGGAUCAAGCUCAGGAACAAGUCAGACUCAACAGAAAAGCUAAAUUUCAACUAGAGAAGGAUUUAAAAGAUAAAUUCCAUGCUCAAUCUAUUGAUGAAUAUUUGGAGAAUUUAAAAAACAAUAUGGAAGGUUUAACCUUGAAAGACGGCGUUGCCAAGAUUGAAGCCAAUUCAGUCACACCAGAUGAAUGGCAAGAUUUCUCCAAUGAAAAUAUUGAGAGAGCAGAACGUGAGAGACAGAGUUCAGUAGAGUUACGGUCCUUAGUUGAUGGAAUUCUUCAAUCUACUGCUAAUGAUAUGACCAAACAGUGUGAAGCUGUGAAUUUAUCACUCAGUAAGAGAAUUGCUGAAACUAAAGAUACAAAAGGAAAACUUGAAGAUCAUCUCAACAAGAUUCUCUUACAAAUUAAGGAUAUGGAAGAGAAUAUUGCACAACUACAGAAGGCUAUCAGUGAUAAAGAGGCACCACUCAAAGUCGCUCACACUCGUCUUGAUACUAGAACAUCCAGACCUAAUGUAGAAUUAUGUAGGGAUGCUGUUCAGUACAGACUAAUUGAAGAAGUUGGAGAAAUUGAAACCUCCGUUGCUGGUUUACAGGCUAGAUUAGAUCAGUCACAAUCAUCAUUGAAAGGACUUGUACGAAAUCAACUUGAUUUAGAAGAGGAUAUUGAAAUCAAAUCCAACACCAUCUUUGUUGAUGAGGUGGAAUGUAUGGGAAUGAGAAAGAGCAUCAAAAUCUCCAAAUAUUAAUGACUUUAGAAAUUUGUGCAAAUUAGGAACGUUCACUUACUUGUAAAUUUUGAUUUUCAUAUGCGCAAAUGACUGCUUUCCAAAAUACAGCAUCAGGUUGAAAUUGGUACUAUUUUGGCAGCAUUAAUAGGCUUACAUUUGGAAAAUUGUGAUAAUUCUUUGACAAAUCUUUGAUAAAUGCUAUUUAUUGGAAUAAAAAGGCAUGAACAAAUUUUAUGAUUUUAACAUAUUUUCAUAUGUUUAUCUCAUCUAAGGGCUGUGAAUUUUUAAAUGUUUUAUUUUUGACAACACCUUUGGUUUUAUUAUAUACAUUUUGUAAGUUUCUCAAUUUUAGUAUAAGAAAAUUGUCUUCUGUUCUGGCUGGUUAGCUUCAAACUUUUAUAACAGCAUUAUACUUAUGUCCCAUCUGAAGUUACCAACAGUUUUUAUUAGCAUUUGUAUAUACUAUAUAUUUAUUGAUGAGUAAAAUCACAAGUUUAAUUCACUUAGGUUAUUGUGUUAUUGGUAUCAAGGUAUUUACCUUUGGGAGGGUUAGUCUACAUUUCAUAGAAUACUGCACUGUUAAUGAUUUCAAGUGAAGAAUUAUCACUGGAACUAUGAACCAUUAAGCCUAAUUAGCUCACCAGAUAGAAGUGCUGGGUCUUCUGGGUAAGCGACUCCAUUUAGACGCCUUGCAGCCAGAUUUCACAGGUUAUAGAAAAAUGUCUGAAGACAAAAAAAAUGGAUCAAACACUGCAGGAACCAAUUUUCAAUAUCCCAAGAUAAUGUACUGUAUUAUACAAUACAGGGGACAAAUCAGUGGGGAUCAAUUGACUAAUAUCUAAUAGACCUUAUUCACGCCUCCAUUUGAAUUCAUUGAAUGUGAAGUUCAUAACAAAAAUUACUUAAUGGGCUAAAAACAGGCCUUGUAUAAAUAAUAGAAGCACAAAACAUAUCGUGAAGUGACUCCAUAAAUUUGUCAGUUGUAUUAAUUAUAUUAAAUUGAUUUGAUUAAAUUAUAAACAUAAUGUUAUAUAAUAUGUACAGAUAAAACAAGAUAUUAAAUAUAUCAGAUUUGAAUCUUAUACAGGCAUCAUGGUAUAGGGGGCGCUGAAUUGCAGAGUUCUGCACAUACAGGAUUUAUGAAAUCAACAUGGAUGAGAAGAAAAAAAAGAAAAGAACAAUUUUGAAUGUGAUAUAUCCCCUUUCAUACCAAUCGAUUGGGGGCAGAAUCUGAACAGACGGAACUUGCUCUCAAAUCGAGCACCACCUGGCUAUCUACAUCAACUGGUAUAAUGUUCAUUUAUUAAUUCUACAGUGGUCUCUGUAUCAUCAGGAUAUUCCUGAGCCUUGAUUGGAUUAGCUUUAUAAUAUCUUCCACAGUAUUCCUCAAAAUAUCGUCCAAUUUCUGGAUGAUUUAUUUCUGAAAACUCAUCUGGAUACAGGAGAUUUUCCUGAGCAGCAUAUCUAUUACUGCCAUCUUGAACAAGUACAUUGUAAAAUGGUUGAAAUUGAUCACGAGGUAAUCUAUUUACACCCAUCUGUAUAAUCCAUUCUUCUGUGGCUUGACAUGUUAAAUCCCAACCAUAAAUAACACACAUGUAAUGAUAUUUUUUAUGUUUCAUUAUCAUUCCAAUAGAAAAUUUGACAUCUUUAUUUUCACUUCUGACUUUAACAUCAGGCUUUUUAUUUUUGACAGCAGUAUUAUCUGCUAUCAUUUUCUCAGCUUCUUGUUGAAGAAAGGCUACAAUACC